AUGUUUGCUGACUCGGUUCAACCGCCAAUAGUUUCUCUAUUUUCCUCGACCGGAAGCAACCCUUUGAGCCUCUUCUCAGUCCAUACUGACGACGCCCUGCCCUCCGACUCGUUCGUUCAUCUCCUCGACGAUGCCACCUCUUUACCCAACCCACCAGAACCUGCUUCUCCGAUCUCUCUGCCGCAAAUGUUGUCGCAUCCGAAUAACUCGGAGAUAGGACAUGAGCUUCGGCAGACCGUCCUUCAUAUACAGUCCCCAACGCUACGGACGACCUCGAUAUGCUGCCCGCCUCAUUUCGUCCCGUUGUCAUCGAGCACUUCCAGGGGUGACUUGGGUCUUCGUCACGAGUGGUUGCAUAUGCAAGUACGGAACGUUGGGAGGGAGUGGUCUUUUGAGGUUGGGAUUGUCGAUUCGGCGAGGCGGUUGGGAAUCAUCAGGUGCUCUACAUUCCAGACAAGUUGCCCAACCCUUCAUCUGCCCCUUGCCUUUCCGGCUGCAUCGUCAAACCCGCUCACCCACUGGGCAGACAUAUCACUGCAUCUUCCCUCCUUCAUACCCCACUUUUCAUUGAUGUCGUUGAGGCACGUGGAGAACAACCAGGACAGUGAGGAUGAAGACGAAGUCGAGACAAGGGCGCAGCAGAGGGUCCCGACGAGCGGUGCCCCUGUUCCGAGCGGUAAAUACUCUCACAUUGCAUAUGUCAGGAUUUUCGCUACGUGUCGCCUCCGGAGGAUAUGGUUUAGCGAUUCAGGCAACAAGCAGGGGCUGCCUUGGGAGUUCCAGUUAUAUGGACAAUGACUAAUGAGCACUGAUAAUGUGUUCAAAGGUGCAUGAACAUCACGAUCACACGUGUAGCACACGCCGCAUUGCGUCGCAAAUCUAACAACGUUACUCUUGCUCGAGGCCUCAGGUGGUGGUCUGUGCGAUCUGCAGGCAGGUCAUCGCCAGACUGAAUAGUGAUGCCUUCUUCUGCUACUCUCUGGC